GUUUGUGCGAUAGCGCAAUAUUUAUUGAUCAUCAGUAGACUAUUCCGUUACCGCACUGCACAUUCCAGCGGCCACGCCAAGCCGCACGGCCAUCACACGCUAUACGCCACUAGAGCAGGUACCAAGUAUCCUGUCAAGCCAUCUCCUCGGCCAUGUGGGCACUUCGAACCUCCGCCCCUCUUGUUCGCCCGCCAGCCCUCACUCUCUUACGCAGUGUCCCCCGCUUGCUCCUCGAAAGAGGCUAUAGCAGGCCAGCUGGAAGGGCAGGCAGUCGCGGCGGCCACUCCCGUACAUCGCUAGCCACCGCGCCGGGAAAUACACCGAGGCAACCAAAACGUUUUGAGCUCCCCCCCCAUCACACCCCACAUACUGGCAAAGCGAAAGUCCCCUCCGACAACACCCGCUCAUCCUCCAGACCCUCCAGGCCCAUACAAAAUGACGAUAAUCCAUGGACUACCUCAGUCCGCUUACGCCGCUGGAUAGAAAGACACAAGUUACCCCUUAGUCCUGGGCAAGUAGAUGAAGUGACCAAAUUGGUAACUGAGGCGCCUCAACACAUGCUUAACGCUCCCGUAUGGAAUAUGCUGAUUGGAUAUAUGGGGAGAUUAAGGAAGCUGGAUAGGGUUUGGAACCUGUAUAAUCAAAUGAAGAAACGCAACUUCACGCCUACGGCUAGGACUUACUCUACCAUUCUGAAUGCCUAUGCUGGAGUUGCACAUUCAGGUCAGAUACCCGAUUUUUCUUUCAGGGAGCCUCAGAAACGCACAAUGUCACGUGUGACCAUCGUCUAUAACAACUCUCAAGAGUACAUGAAAAAGUUGAUCGAGGCGCAGGAAGCUGAAGAAGAUCUUGGAGUUGCCACCCCUGGCGUACAGUUAAGAGAAGAUCGGCACCAAGAGCCUAUGGAAAGUCUGCAGUCAGAUAUCGAUAUCGCUCCGACAAACGCCUAUCUCAAGUUUCUCAGUCGACACGGUCUAUUUUCCGAGAUGCAAAGGACCUUUUUGUCGCUACCGCAGUCGGGGCCUCUAGCUCCGGACACCGUCACCUACUCCCUCAUGUUUACGGCUCUCUAUCAUGUCCAUCGCUCACUCGAGCGUGACCCAAAUGGGAAAGCUAAUGCAAUGAUGAUCGGGCCGACAGCCAAGGCUUUAUGGGACCAUUGUUUGAAACAAUAUAGCAAAGAAGAGGGUCAAGCGGGACAAGUGGACAACGGACUGGUGGCCAUGUAUGUGAGAUGUUUGCUCCGCGGAAGACCAGAAGAUCAACGACUGGCGGUCUCUGUCAUUGAACAGGUCUGGAACCUACCUUCUCCUGGCAAUUCCAAUCCAACCUCAACGUCUAUCUAUCUCCCACCACCCUUACUUACCACCUAUCCUAUUCCCAAGCUUGACAUUGAUGUCAAAUCUGCCACCGCUCUCAUUUCUAGUCUUCACACGGCCAAACUGCCUGUCCUCGCAACUCAUUACACUCAUCUCAUACUCUCUUCCUCCUCUCUUAUUCCUUUGUUCGAUCUAGAAUUCUUCAAGGCCGCGAUUCUUGCUCUAUCAGUCACGGGUGAAGUUCAAUCCAUUGUCGACAUCAUGGACACCUAUCAACCACCAAGCUCUGGCAAAGAAGGCUGGCCUCGGGAUACAUACCGUGCAGCUCUUACAGCUGCCCGCUGGGCGGGGGAUUAUGUUUCGGCACUUUCCAUUUUCCGCCGUGCUACACAUCUUUCAUCUAAUGUGGGCUGCAUAUCAACCGAUCCUUCAACUCUCCCUAAAAAGAUCGAGCCCUACCGAUGGGUCACACCUAACGGUCUUGCCCAUGACAAGCGUGGCGUCUUCUGGGUGAAGCCGACAAAGAUCGAUGCCGAUGCGCAACUUUUAGGUCUGUUGGUCAAAACUGCUAUGCAAAAGAGCAACAAGGAGAUUCGUUCUGCGUUGGAUGUCUAUGCACGCACGGGCGGCGAAAGUAAAUUCUUGGCCCUGCCCUCCUCGGUGCAAGCAGGCAAUGUCUCCACCGGUCGAAAAUUACUCAGGGACGGGCGGCCCGACGAAAUUGAUUCAUCGGUCAUCAGAAAGCAGGUGGCGAGCUCAGUCGACCUGGCAAGGGACAUACAGCGCGCAGCAGAAAGAUUGGGUAAAGGAUAUGAAAAAAUGGCUGCGGAGGCUGGCGAAGUGGUUACCAAAUGGGCUUGGGUGGAACGAGAGACAAGAAAAAAGACCUCGGAUGUUAAAGGUGAUACGAAGAAGGUGGAGAUGGAUAUCGAGGGUAGUGCAGAGGAUGAAGAACUUGACUGGGAGGAUGAGCGCUCAGUGGACCAAAGAGAAAGUAGAGUCAGGGGGAACAAUCAGGACAGACAUCAUCCAACAGAAAGGAGGAGAUGGGAACAAAGAGGAACGAGCAAGUCACGCCAUGAUUCACCCAGCCAUAGAAGAUACGGCCAUGAACAAGAUUCAAACAAGGUUAAACCACGUGAAAGGGAGGCUACCAUGCACGAAGGCAAGGUUUCGUCUUUUGGAUUGCGGAGGUGAGGCAGCAGUAGUUUCGUAUUUUGAAAAAUUUUGUACAUUGUAGAGACUUUUGAUCCAUAACCAUCUCACUCAUCGCACGUACAGUCAUUGAUGCAUUGUCGCCAACGUAACAUUGAAUCGUGUACAACACUAGCUUAGGGUGAGG